ACUUAUGUCAUAGAUGGUGAGAUACACACAUGUAAUGAAAGUAUUGAAGAAGUUGAUGAUGAGAACAAAAAAAUCACUUACAAGCUAUUUGGUGGAGAUAUUGACAACUUUACUGUUUUUAAGCUCAUUCUUGAAGUGAUUAAUAAGGCUGAUGGCACUGCUGCUGUUAAAUGGACUAUUGAUUAUGUGAAAAUCAAUGAAGAUGUUGAUACUCCAAAUGGCUGGAUGGAUUACCUUAGCAAAAGCACUAGAGACAUUGAUGGCCAUCUUGUCAAGGGAGAAAGAGUUGCAUUAUAAGUCCAUUUAAGCAUGCAUGUAGUAUUGCAUCUUUAUGAUUAUUGUGAUGUUUGUAAUGGCAUGCAUGUAGCAUAUAUAAGCAUGCAUCAUGUUUGCUUCUCUUGAUGCUUCAUUGCUUCCUUAGUAUGGAAUAAAUGUAUCGGUAAUGUCUUGAUGAUCGUGUCGUGUAUUAUAUUAUUAUCAUUAUGCAAUGCAAAUUAAAUAAAUGGACAAUGUGCUUUGCAGUUU